AUGUCCCAACCAAGCCAACACCACCACUUCCCGCCGUUUGCCGUCGCCGUCGCCGUCGCGGCCGUGCUAGUCCUGCUCUCACCGCCGUCUGCCGCCGACCCGAACGACGAGCUUUGCCUGUCGAGCCUCCAGGAGUCCCUCUCCCUCCGCAACUGGACCAAGUCGUUCUUCACCGACCCCUGUGACGGCUUCAUCUCCAAGCUCCAGGGCGUCACCUGCAACAACGGCCGCGUCUACAAGCUCUCCCUCCCCGGGCUCUCCCUCGCAGGCUCCAUCCCGCCGGAGCUCUCCAACUGCACCAACCUCCAGUCGCUGGACCUGUCCUCCAACGCGCUGUCCGGGGCCAUCCCGACGGAGCUAUCCAAGCUGCUCAACCUGGCCGUGCUCAACCUCUCCGCCAACGCCCUCUCCGGUGCCAUCCCGCGGGAGCUCGCGAGCUGCGCCUACCUCAACGUCAUAGAUCUCCACGGCAACCAGCUCUCCGGGCCCAUCCCCGACGAGCUGGGCCUCCUCGUCCGUCUCUCCACCUUCGACGUCUCGUACAACCGGCUGUCCGGCCCCAUCCCCGUGCUCCUCGCGAACCGCAGCAUCGCCGGCGGCGGCGGGGCGGUAGCUGCGGGGACGACGGCGAGGUUCAAUGCCAGCUCGUUCGCCGGGAACAAGGACCUGUACGGGUACCCUCUGCCGCCAAUGCGAGGGCACGGGCUCUCCGUGCUGGCCAUCGUCGGCAUCGGCCUCGGCAGCGGGCUGCUCAGCCUCGUGCUCAGCUUCUCCGCCGUCUGCAUCUGGCUCCGGUCCACCGACCGCACGGCCGCCACGCCUGGCGAGGAGGGCAAGAUCUCACACCUCAUGCCGGCCUACUGA